CGCGCGCACCGGGGGAGGCGGGGAGCGGCGGGGAGCGGCGGGAGCGGAGCGAUGGCAGCGCUGGCGGCCGCCUCCCCCGGCGGGGACGAGUGCCUGGAGGAGGACGAGGACGAGCUGGAGCCGGGACUGGACGAAGCGGAGGCCGAGCCGGAGACCGGGAGCGGGACGAAAGCGGCGGGGGGCACCCGGGGGGCCGUCCUCACCCGCCGCGGCAUCACUCUCCGCGUCCUUCUCCGCGACGGGCUCCUCGAGCCGGCCCGCGGCGUCCUCUCCAUCUACUACCUGGGCAAAAAAUUCGUGGGGGACCUGGGGGCGGACGGGACCAUCACCUGGCAGGAGACGGGACAGGUCUUCAACUCGCCCAGCGCCUGGGCCACCCACUGCAAGCGCCUGGUGAACCCCGCCAAGAAGUCGGGGUGCGGGUGGGCGUCCGUCCGCUACAAGGGCCAGAAGCUGGACCAGUACAAAGCCGCUUGGCUGCGCAAGCACCAGCCCAACGCGCCGCCCGCCGAGGAGAGCUUGGCCAGCGAGGGUGAGGAGGAGGAGAUGCCUGAGGAUGAAGAAGAGGAGGCGACGAGGGAGGGUCGGGCGCCCGUGCCGGAGCCGACGGCUACCAAAAAACCAGAGGAGAGGAGCAAGAAGCAGCAGUGCAAGAACCUGGCAGAGCCGGCGGGGAUGGGUAAGGUGGCACUUGGUGGGGGGGGGGGGGUCCCGAGGGACCCUGGGCAGCCCGGCAGCAGUGACGGGGCGUUGUGCUUCGCAGAUCACGGCCCCCCGGGGAAAAGGCUGGAGAGCAAACCCCGGGUGCCUGUCCGCUACUGCACCCUGGGCACCCGCGACUCGGCCAGGAACCCCCAGACCCUGGUGGAGGUGACGUCCUUCGCCGCCAUCAACAAGUUCCAGCCCUUCAACGUGGCCAUUUCCAGCAACGUCCUCCUGCUCCUGGAUUUCCACAGCCACCUGACGCGGAGCGAAGUGGUGGGCUACCUGGGUGGGCGGUGGGACACCAAUACACAGUUGCUGACGGUGCUGCGAGCCUUCCCGUGCCGGACCCGCCUGGGUGAUGCCGAGGCCGCCGGUGCCGUGGAAGAGGAGAUCUGCCAGAGCUUGUUCUUGCGGGGGCUGUCGCUGGUGGGUUGGUACCACAGCCACCCCUUCGGCCCCGCGCUGCCAUCCCUGCACGACAUCGAUGCGCAGAUGGAUUAUCAGCUCAAGCUGCAGGGUAGCGGCAACGGCUUCCAGCCCUGCCUGGCCCUCAUCUGCGGACCCUACUAUCACGGUAACCCCGGCGUGGAGUCCAAAAUUGCGCCCUUCUGGGUGAUGCCGCCGCCGGAGCAACGGCCCAACGACUACGGCAUCCCCAUGGACGUGGAGGUGGCCUACAUCCAGGACGGCUUCCUCACCAACGAUGUCCUGCAGGAGAUGACGCUGCUGGUGGAGUUUUAUAAGGGAGCCCCCGACCUGGUGAAGUUUCAGGAGCUGUGGAGUCAGGAUCAGACGUACCUGGACAAGCUGAAGGGCUCCCUGGCCUCCCGCACCCCCAAAGACCAGAGCUUCACCCACAUCCUGGAGCAGAUCUACAGCCUCCUCAAGCUCAGCAGCUGAGGGGCCGGGAGCCCCCCCUUCGACUCAGACCAGGUGCCUUCCCAGCAGCCAGGGCUCGGCUCAGCAGCCCCCCCCCAAGCCCAAGGGGCUCAUCCAGACCCGGCGCGGGGCAGCGCUGCGGGGACACCGCAUCGCCCGCUGCUCCAGGGAGCUCAUCCGAGGGGUCCCGGGACCCCCCGCUGGCUCCUGCCCUGCUCCGGAGCGGCCGCCCGGGUGUCCCGUGGUUGUGCCGGCCCCGGGGCAGCGGUGGAGGGGAGGGUGGUGGUGGUGGUGGGAGUCUCGGCUGUAAGUUGUUUGUGGAAGUGGUAGUUGAUUAAAGAGCAGUUCCUGAGAGGC